GCUCAAGCACCACAGACGGCUGUGUAGCUACCAGAGCUCCAACGGCCAUGUCUUUGUCUUCUGGACAAGUGCUGGCUACACGCAGCGCUAAGCAGUUUGCAGGCUUGGCCAUCACAGUUCCUGAGGAAGAACCCGACUUGAAUCUCUACCCGCCGGAGGCUGUUCAAGUUCGCAAUACCUUCAUUCAUGUGGCAAGUCCACUUUCCGAGGAUGUCUUGAGCUCGCGGCCAGCAGUUUCAUGUCCAGCUUCGCAGAUUGGGGUACUUCAAAAGGCAUUUCACGAUAUUCAAGAAAUUCAAAACUAUCAGAAGGACUUUCAAAAAGAAAUCCAGGAAGACCCUGUGCAGUCAAAGCGAGAGCUUCCAUCAAAGCCAGUGAUUUGUCUUGAAGAUGCCCUCUUUGAUCCCAGAGCUCUUGCAGACCAUGCUCAGAAUGUCGACCGAUGGUCGUAUGUGGAUCAGCCUUAUGUGGAACCGCCAUAUGUGGAUCAGCCACCUUAUGUGGUGGAGCAGCCACCCUAUGUGGAGCAGCCACCCUAUGUGGAGCAGCCACCCUAUGUGGAGCAGCCACCUUAUGUGGAGCAGCCACCAUAUGUGGACCAGCCUUGUUAUGGCGGGGCGCCUUGCGAGCCUGCGGUUCCGACUGUUCCAGCUCCAUUUGAGCCAGCACCAGGAUCAGCAGAGCUUCCGAGCAUAGGCUCGAGGGGACACUACAGCGGUGAUUGCAAGCCAUGCUCUUUCCUGUAUGCCAAGGGAUGCAACAACGGUGCAAUGUGCUUGUUCUGCCACUUGUGCGAUCGAAGUGAAAAGAAAAGGCGACAGAAGGCCAAAAGGGCUGCUCUCAAAGGCGGAGCUUGAGAAAAGCGAAAAGGAACAGACAUGGCAGUUCAAGGCAAGAGUUCUUGAGAGUGUCAUUGAGAGUCCUUGUGACUUGUGCCCAAAAAUGAAGUUGCACGUGAUUCCUGGCUGAGAGGUUGUAUUGUACGAAGUCACUAGACCUCGUGGCAAGGGAAGUGGUCACCAAACAGUGUAUGCAUGCGCUCGGUUCUUAGAUCGACUCCAGCUUUGAGCUUGCCAUCGCCCAUCGCUGGCAAGACCAUCACGGAAUUCAUUCAUAAGAUCUUUUGCUGCCGCACACAAUGUACAUCAGCUUUGUGGACUUAAGAUAUUUUCAUUGCCGACCAAGUCACAGAGCUGCUGAGUUGAAAGCAGAUGUCUCAGGGAAGCUUGCACCAAUGCCCUGCACCUGUACAGGCCUCACCCUGGGCAAGUAUUUUGUGAGGUACUCGCUGCUAAUUCUCAGCUGCACCUGUGCACAUACCUGGCCUUAAGUGUCAGAGCUUUUCGACUUCACUCCAAUGCUGAGAGACAAAUGAGAGCAAGUUCAUUCAUUUUCAAGGCGUU